GCUAUCUUUCAGUUGCGCAUGCGCAUUCACAACUGUCAGCCAUUACCUUCGAGAUUCCCUACGCGAUUGCCCUUUUCUAAAGUGAAAUUGUAGAAGAUUGUCUCAAGAAACAUGAACAGAAUAUUGGCUAUACGAAGUCUUGUCCCAAGGGCAGGCAAAACUUUCUCUACCUCAGCAAGGACACAAGUUGAAAAUAAAUUGAAAGAAUCUCAAUCAAAAUUCCAGGCGCCUGAUGGCAACCCCAUCCAUCUGAAGAAGGGAGGGAUGGACUACGCCGUCUACUCCAUGACGAUGGGUUUGACGGCAGUGGGCACUUUAUGGAGCUGUUUCGCUCUCUUCCAGUACGCCAUGCCCAAGAAAUAGGAAGCAGCACUCUUCAGGAUACUGCAAUACCAAUUGUGCACAGAAUAGAUGUCUAUCACUUUGCUUUGAACUGCUUAUCUGUGUGUGAAAAUGACUGCAUUGUACAGAGUAUAGCAAUUUGAUGAAGUUUGAAACACCAUUGGCUAUGCACACUAUUAAGCUAUCAUAAACAACCGUCAUUUUGCAGCAUAUUUGUGCCAUCGACAAGCAUUUGGGACAUCUAUAACUCUAACUGUAGCAUAAUGAAUAUUCUGUUUAAACAUAACACAAAAUAUUUCUCUUAAAAAAUAAAAUCACAUUCUGUAAUGCCUCUUUGGAAGCAAUGUUAUUCAAAAGAUUUAGGUUGAACAUUUGGGAUCAAUAAUUCAUCAAGCAGGGAAUCCACUUGUCUUUUCUUGAGGUGAACAUGUGUACAAAAUGAAUAUUUCUGAUGUGAAAGUUAUAUAUUGUGUAUCCACCUUGUGGACUUAAAAUUAAAUUAAUGUGAUAUAUACAGAA